AUGGUUAGUGGUUUUGUUGAACUACUUCCUCUUCCAUCGAUCGGAAUGGAGUGCUACAUUGAUUGAUGAAAGGUCAUCCAAGAUUUUCUUUUCCCGGCACCAAUGGCAAUGAUGAUCCUAAUUGCAACGCUAGCGGCGGUGGCACUUGUCGCUAUCUACUGCUACGUGUACUUAUUCAGGAGAAGUCAAGCCGAUGUACCGGGUGUACCUCGAAUUUCUGGACUUCUGCCGUGGGUUGGUUGUGGCCUGCGGUUUGUAGGCAAUCCGCGCAAAUUCCUUGAAGACGUCCGCAAACAGCAUGGAGACAACUUCAUUCUGGAGAUGUUCGGAACUGACAUGUUCUUCACCUUUUCGUCCAAGGGACUAGAAGCCUUGUACAAGAUACGAGAGGCGGAUGCAAGCUUCACUGAGGCCACAAGAGCCUUUCUUGGUCUGAAACUGCCUGGUGAAUUGGUCCAAGGCUCCAUGAGCAUGUUCCACAAGAGGCUCAAGAAAUCCCUUCUGCAUGGGUACAUCCAUGAAAUGAACUCAGCGAUUGAGGAAAAGCUGGUCUCACUAGACAGCAAAGGAGAAUUUGAGCUAUUUGCCUUCAUGCGGCAAAUUGUCCAUCAAGUUGGAUUCCGUGUCUGGCUUGGCCCUGAGACAGCCCAAAGUGAUCAUUUGAGGAGGUUCAUUGCCGCCUUUGAUGCUCUAGACGUGGAAAAAGGGUUUCAAAGUCUGUCCAGUUUGUUUGUGACAACGUUGAGUGGAAAGUAUUAUGAAAAGAAGGCACUGAAGCAACUCCAGGAUGUUCUACGCUGCGUGUGGGAAUCUCAGCAGGAAAUUGGCACUUCCACAGAGGAGGAAAACGCAAACUUUGCUACACUCCACGAAAUGUACGGUCACCUGUCGACAGAAGCACGAUUUCACCAAGUGGCCAUCGACGUCUUUCAGUUCCAUCUUGCUUCUCAAGCAAACAUGUAUGCAUCGUUGUCAUGGAUGUUGGCCAAUGUGCUAUUGCACAACUCCUGUAGGGAGAAAGUCAUGGCUGAGAUUGCUGCCGUUGAGAAGAAGUAUGGACCAGCCUACACAAGCAGUCUGGAGGCACUGGACGAAAUGGUGUAUAUUGAGCAAGUCGUCCACGAGUCGUUGCGUAUCUCCCAGCAAUCGCUCACAUUGCGUAAGGUGAUGAAGCCAUGUUCGUUUAUGGAGCACUCCCUGCCGAAAGGCUUGUACAUCGCUACCCUCCUGUCCAUUACUAACAAUGAAGUGGGCAGUGAUGAACCAGGCACUGACGUGUUUCAGCCAGGAAGGAGGUCAGUUCAUCAGCGGGAAACAGAUGCACAGUACCACAUCAGUACGUUUGGACACGGGUUUCACUCUUGUCCCGGCUUAAAGUUCGCCAUGACCCUGAGCAAGAUCGUUCUGUGCCUUAUGCUCGCGGGAGACCAUUGUCUCAAGAUGGAGCCACAGUUUUCUUCCAGCAUCGAAGUUCCACCAGGUUCUGUGGGAGCUGUGGCCCGCUCCACCAAGCCAUGCAUUGUCAGGUACACAAAAUAAACCUGAUGCCACAACCGAGUGUACCUUUUUUAUCGUGUGCUCAUGCACUAGAAAAUCAAACCUUUACAGUGAGGAAGUCAACGAAUCUAGCCUUCAGGAACGCAGUUCCAGUACAUGUCUAUCCAUGAAUGACUGAUUCCUUGAGAUUGACAAAUACAUGACUGUAUUUGUUUUUUACUGAUCCUUCUGUUCAACUUCCCUGUAUUGAUAGUAUUGUCAGAAAGCACCAAUGUAUCCUAUGUUUAUAUCUAUAAAUGAUUUCUUAACUUCUAUGAAUGCAGGAAAGUGAUUGAUCAUUCAAUCUGUUCCGCCUAUUUACCUGUUCUACAUAACUGGACAGUUUCAAACUUGAUCAUGGACCGGUGCCUGAUUUUGAAGUUUAUAAAUAAGAAAUAUUCCCUUGCAUACCGGUAA